AUGUCCAAUCUCAGCUCCUCAACCUGCUCCCCCAACGCCUCCAAUUCCUCCUCUCCAACCACAACCAAUUUACCCUCCCCAACCGCAAACACAACCACCCCACUACCCACCACCCCCCUCAAAGCCGCCUACGCAACCCUCAUAACCACCCUUUCCUACCUCCCAGGCGCCCUUCUCCUCGCCUACACCCUCCAAAAACAAGGAUCCCAAUACCCCCUCAUCCUUAUGUACACCGGACUCCCCGCAAACACCAUCGCACUUCUCAAACGAGAAGCCCAACACUCCAACAUAAUCCUACACGAAACCACACUAUUAAACCUAAGUCCGAACGCGGGGGUCGCCGCCCGCUUCGCAGAUACCUGGACCAAAUUACAGGUAUUCUCGUUCUACGAUUCCGGGUACGAAAGGAUCUGUUUUCUAGAUGCGGAUAUGUUGAUUCUCGGACCCAUGGAUGAAUUACUCCUCAACACUUCUCUUCGAAAACCAGAUAUUGAAGGAGAAAGCGGGAAACUCCUCGCUGCAAAUCACGUGUGCGUGUGUAAUCUCGACAGAGAUUCCUGGGCUCCUAGCGACUGGCGCCGCGAAAAUUGCGCAUACACAACAACCCCUAACAAUAAUCACUCCCCACAAGAAACCCAACACGUCCCACCAACCGGCAGCGGUCUGCACACGCACACUCUCCUCAACUCAGGCCUCUUCAUCUUCACCCCUAGCAAAGAAACCUGGAACGACAUGUGGAAAUUCAUCCACACGCACUCAUCCAGUCUCUCUCACUACCAAUUCCCCGACCAAGAUUUCCUCACCGAAUGGUGGCGCGAUCGCUGGAUCAGCGUAGGAUGGAAAUGGAAUGCCUUGAAAACAUGGCGCUAUUGGCAUCCGGAGAUGUGGCGCGAUGAGGACGUACGCGCUUUGCAUUAUAUCGUUGAUAAACCGUGGCGGGCGCGUGUUCCUGCUUCGGGAAUUGCGGGGUAUAGGGGGAAUGAUGGGGUGACGCAUGGAUGGUGGUGGGAGGCGUAUGGGAAGUGGGAGGGGGAAAGGAGGGAGGCGGGAGAAAUGGGAAUUUUGGAGUUGUUUUGGCUCUGGCGUUUGGAGAGGAUAGGAUAUGUACCUUUUGUACAAACAGCGAAGUUAUUAGCGAACCAUAUUUUAUGGGCCUCAGCCAGAGAAUCAUUCAGCAAGAUCGUUCAUGGCUUAUUAGUUAAGAAAUGUGCCAACCGUACCUACAUUAUCGACUAUCGGGUGAACCAUAAAUUCAGCGCCAUUGUCACAGGCAGAAAGACAUUGGAAUAG